UGUAACUGGCUACAGGGAAUUAAGUUUACAAUAUAUAGGAUGAAGGUAUUAGUACUUUCUUUGUUUAUUGCUUCUAUUGUCAUCGUCCAUGCUGGGAAUAAGCAUGCAGGAAAUAUCGAAGACAAUGAAUUUGCAGAAUUUGAAGAUUUUGAUGAUACUGAAAAACAAACGACAAUCAAUAAUGGAUUUGUUGAGUUUGAAGCAGAGCAGGUUGAAGAGAAACCAACAAAUGAGGUUGAAGAUGUUGUGGUGGAAACAGAGGAGGAUGAGGAGUUUGAAUCUUUAGAUCCAGAUGAAUUUGAGGGACUACCAGGCGAUGAUACAAUUUGGGAAAAUGACAAAAAAGUUGACAAAAAUAUUAAAAAGAAAAAACCCGAGUUGAAAAUAGCAGAUGUUCCAUUGCAUUUAAGAAGCUGGGAUAAAUAUUAUGUGGAAAUUUUAAUGGCUCUUGGAAUUUUUGUUUAUUUGAUCAAUUUCUUUAUUGGCAAGGCAAAGAACAACACUCUUGCAUCAUCUUGGUUGUCUCACCAUCUUGAUUUUCUUCACAAAUCCUUUGCUCUCGUUGGAGAUGAUCCACAAAACAAAAAAAUUGAAAGCACUAAUGAACUUCAGAAGGAAUCUGAACAUGUUUACACAUUAUGGUGUUCUGGUCGGCAAUGCUGUGAAGGGAUGCUAGUUGAAUUGAAAUUGUUGAAAAGACAAGAUUUGAUAUCCGUGAUUGCUCAUCAGAUGAAACCAAUUAACGAUCAGGUUACAAUAUCAGUAAAGAUGACAACUCUUCCAUCUCUUGUAUUUUGUGUUGGAAUAAAGAAAAGCAUCACCAACCUCCACAAAACUAUGCAAGAUUUGUGCUUGUAUUGUGCUGAUAAAGCAAAAAUGGGUGAGAAAUACAACCUUCCUUUAAGCAUGUUGAUGUUAUCUGAGCUUUAUGGGGAUGUACCUGCCUUCAUAUUGGAUAGUACGGUUGUUCGUGUGUUAAAGGAUCAUCAGAAUUUAUUUGAUUCCCUUCAUAUUUCGGAUCAAUACUCUGGUGCCAAACCUCUAGACCAAAAUGAUGAUGCACCUGCCAUUCCUGAGACUGUAAAGCAAAUUACUCUUGUAAUUAAUUUGCCAGAAAAGCCUUCAGAAAUAGGAGAAAUGGUUCCGUUGCUGAAAAUGUUAAUUUAUCUAAGUGACAAGCUUAAAAAAUUAAGACUUUCAAGAGACAGUCAAAUAAAAGCAGAUAAACACCGAGCAGAUGUGGCUGAUCGGUAUCUCAAGCAAACACACGCACAACGACAAGAGGCAGCACAACAGAAGAAAGAGGAGAAAGCGCGUGCUUUAAAGGAACGAAUGAUGAACGAAGAAGAUCCAGAGAAACAGCGAAGAUUGGAUGAGAUGAUUCAACGCAAAGAACAGAACAAGAAGAACAAGAAAAUGAUGAAAGGCAGACAAUAUAAAGUCAAAGCAAUGUGAAGAAUACUAGUGGCACAAUUGUUAUUGGACAUCACCUAAUUAAUGAGCUGCUAAGCUUUAAAGAUGGAAACAAUAUUUGCAGUUUAUUACUCCAAUUGCUUCAAUGAUUAAAACAUUGCAAAUUAAUGUUUAAAAUAAACAGGUUUUUAAUUGGGU